AUGUCGUCUUCGUCAUUCUCUUUCCGUCUACUGCUCAUCAGCAUUCUUCUUACUUUUGCUACGUUCGUUACAGCGCAGACGUCGUCGGGGGUGCCUUCGACUCCUCCGCCUACAAGCAGUAAUCGUCCCUCUGUCAAUGGCACCACGACUAGACCCCCCGAGGUUGCGCCUACGGGAUCUGACCCCCCAGAUGUGCUGCUCCGCGUUCCAGAGUUGCAUGUAGGCCGCAUUGAAUUGACUGUCGAGAAACUGCAAGCCGACCUUAACCUCAAUGCCAAAGUUGCGGGGCUCGUUCAGAUCAACGCUGGUGUGCAAGUCGGUAUUGAAAAGGUCAACAUUACCAUUGCCGAUGUCGAUGUUAAUCUCGAGCUCGUCGUGCGUCUGGGCAAUCUAGUCCAGAUUGUCGAGCGUGUGUUUGACUCUUUGGACCUAAACCCUCUCUUGAUCGGCUUGAUUGGAAACGUUACGGAUCUUGUUGGCGAAGUCAUUGGAGCCGUUGAUGGUUUGCUCGGAUCCAUUACACAAAACGGAAAAACCCUCAGCUUCCUCGUCGAUAAUCUGGGUAACAUUGUCCAAGAUGUCGUCGGAGCAGGUACAGAUGCUAUUUCCCAAAUUGUCGGAAACUACAAGCUCAACAUGACCGAAGUCGAAGGCAGCAUCAAGCAAGUAGGCAAAGGUCUCACCCAAAAAACCUACUCCUACGAGCCCCUUGGUGCCCUCGUCGACAUCAUUACCAAUACUGCCGGUCAAGUCGUGCAAGCGGUAGUCCAAAAGAAGAAUGGUGGCGGCGGUGGAGGCGGUAGCAGUUCGUCCACCACUGCUUCCGCCACCGGAACCCCAAUGCCUGUUACGCUGCCGAUUAGCUCGGCGACGGGUACUGCGUAA